UAGCAAUCUCCAAAGGGCACGUUAAUAGAUCUCCAUUAACAUUAGGGUUGUGAUCCUUCACCACCAUGGUUGACAUAUUGUCUGAUUGUCUCAUUCAAAAAAUACUCUCUUUUCUUAGUUACCAAGAAGUCACGCGGAUGAGCAUUCUCUCCAAAACAUGGCUACGAGCCUGGUUCGAUCAUCCCAACUUAGAUUUUACUAUUAAUUGUUUGGGAGGCAAUACAAAUAGAGUGAACACAAUCAUGGAGAGAUACAGGAAGGGGAAAAUCCCUAUAGAAAAGUUUGAAUUAUCAGAGUUCUUUGUUAAUUCUCAUGUAGUUUUUCCUCUGAUUGAUAAGUGGCUCGACAUUGCACUUCAGAAUGGUGUAAAAGAUCUUUCUCUUUACUUUACAUCAUACCCUGUGCCUAUUGUAACAAUCUUGGCAGCAAAAUCUGUAAGAGAAUUGGUUCUGCAGGGUAGUAAUCUUAUGCCUGUUUCGUUAUCUAGUAGUGUUGUGAUUUGCAAUUCUUUGAGAAAGCUUUCUCUAUCUCAUGUAAGAUUAGAUGAAAACAUUCUUCAGACUCUACUUAAUAGUUGUCCCUUGAUUGUCUCUUUCAUCCUUGAGUAUUGUUCGGGGAAUCUUCGAAAGAUCAAGUCGGAUUCCAUGAAGGUCUUGAAAAUUCAUCAUCAUCGCGGGAUAGGGGAGAUUGAUACUCCAAACUUGGUAUCACUUGACUAUAUGGGGAAUCAAAUUCCUGAACUUAAAAUUGCAAGAGAGUCAAGCCAAUUGGAGCACUCAGAAAUCUUUCUUGAAUGCAUAAACAAUUUAAAUGCAGCAUGGUUUUAUAAGUUGAGGAAGUUUCUAUCAAAUUUGUCCUCUUGGUCUCAAGUUUCCCUUUAUUUUAGUGGUGAAAUCAACAUGACAGAUUUGCAAAUGGACCACAUAGGUUCUACCCCCCAGGUGGACAUUUUAAAUGUCAAUAUUCUAUGGAUGAAUCAGACUAUAGAGUGCCCAACUUUUGUGGAAGCUUUGUUAUGGAGUUGUCAUCCAAGGAGACUCAACCUAUUCUCAAAUAUUAUUGGAACGAUUGCAAAUUUCAUGGAUCGUUUAAUGUUCAUGAAGAAUUCGAGUCAUUCUACUUCUCAUAGCAACACACCUUGGCAUAGUCAAUUAAAAGAAAUAAAAUAUUUUGAUGGAAAAAAUCAGUCGCUGCAACUCAGAAGUGGGGAGCAUGCAAAAAGGACUAAUAUAGAUGGGGAGGAGAAAGUUUAUCUUUUAUUAGAUUGGUGAUGCAGUUUAUUUGUAUCUAUGGCAAAUUGAAUGAACUUGCUUUAAAUUUUUGCACUAUGAACUUGCUUUAAAUUUUUGCACUUUCGAAAAUAUGUAGCCUCAUCUAUUGUGAGGUUAGCAUUAUGACAUACACAUGACAUGAGUCUUUUUUUUUUUUGCACAGCGUCUAGUCAUAAAAUUGUAAAAGUUGCAUGACUAUGCAAUUGACAACCUAAUAACUUCUUAUUUUUAGGGGUUGUUUAUGACAGUUUGAGUUUUGGCAUUUAACAUUACCCAGUCUAGAAACAUACUUUUGUUUGUUUGCUCUUUUUGUUUCAUGUAAUACAGCAUUGGCUCAUCUUAAUAGAGUAAACAGAAUUCCGGAUGUGGAUAAUCUUAGCUUUGACACAUUCUACAAUCAACAAUAACCCCCGCAAUUUGUUAAAAUUUGGAUACUUCAAUGCAACCCAGAGUUGUGCUGCUUGAUAGUAAUGGAUUUGCUCAAGCAUCAUUGUGAUAUGUUCUUUGAUAGAAUUUUUUUCUCUCAGCAGUUCUGCACAAUGAGUGUCAAACUGAUUUUGAAGAUUAUUGGGUCGAGUGAUAAAGCAGAGAGUGUCCAUAAUCCUGGCAAUCAACUUUUUUACUUGUUGAUUGUGUUAGCUGAUACUUGAUGGAGUAGCUUUUAUUUACCACUUUUAUAGCAUGGUAUAUUUCUCUAUAAACCAAUGAACUCUGUUUUUCCUUUUCCUGAGAUGCUCAUAAGGACUUUGAGCGUGUUUUCGUUCUCCAAUUUAGUUUUUCAACUGUCCUAACAACAGCAGAACUAAGAGUAUAUAUAUCAGUUUUUGUAUCACAAAGAGGUACUUGUACUUUCCUUUCAGUAUCAUGGGGUGUCUUAGAAAAACAAUCCCCCC